GUCGGUGCUGGUCCAUCGGGACUCUUGCUCGCCCUGACGCUGCUCAAGAACGGUGUCUCCGUGCGUAUCAUCGAGAGAGAUGCCGAGUACCAUCGUGGCGAACGCGGCCCCGGAAUUAUGCCCCGCUCGCUGGAGAUCGAGCACUUCCUCGGCGUUGCCGACGACGUCAAGAAGGCGGCGGCGCGCAGCCUGGUGCUCCAGAUGUAUGACCCUAAAGACCCGUACAAGAUCAUCAAGAGCUCGAACAUUUUGGAGCAGGUCGAGCCCACUCCGGCCUUCCCUGAGACGGUCCCGGCAACGCUUGGGCAGUGGAAGCACCAGGCUAUUCUCCGCAAAGCUAUCGAGGCACUGGGAUGCAGUGUCGAGCUGGGUACCGCCUUCGUCUCUUUCCAGCAGGAUGGCGAAAAGGUCGUCACGCAGCUCUCCAAGUCAGCUGACGGGAAGACCGUGACGGAGGAAGCCGAGUUUGCCUAUGUCGUCGGAGCAGACGGUGGGCACAGCACUGUGCGCAAGUCUCUCGGCGUUAAAUUUGUCGGAGAGACUCGUGAGGAGGGCGUGAUGUUCGUUGUCGACUGUGUUGUCGAAGCAAACCACUGGUACCGUCAGGAUCUCCACGCCUGGGGGGACACUACCAGUGCCUUUGCAGCCGUUCGCCAUACGGGAACAGGCCAAGUAUUCCAGGUGAUCCUUUCUGGUCCCGACGUGGACUACGCUACCUUAAAGAAUGAGCGUAGUCUCGAGGCCCUCCAAAAGGCACUCAAUAAGGUGACCGGCCGUAAUGAUCUUGUGAAGGAGAUCAUCAACUGGCAGGGAGAAUGGAGGGCGAACAUUCGCAUGGCAGAGAAAUUCCAGGUCGACAGGGUGUUCCUUGUUGGGGAUGCCGCUCAUACGCACUCUCCGACUGGGGGUCAAGGCAUGAACUCGAGCAUCCAGGACGCCUUCAACCUCGGCUGGAAACUCGCACUCGUAGUAAAGGGUCAUGCGCCCCCGGCUCUCCUACCCUCGUACGAGAUCGAGCGCAUACCCGUCAUCUCUGCCAUGCUCGAGAUCACGACAGACCUGUUCAACCGCACGUUCGGCGCCGGCGCUGCCGCCGCCGCCGCCGCGGAUCGCGAGCAGAUCUGGUUCCGCGGCAGGAAGCUCUACCAGCUUGAUGUCAACUACCGCUGGAGCACGAUCGUCCUCGACGAGCGUUUCGCCGGCGGCGAGAGCACGCGUGUCGCCUAUGGCGAGCCGGGCCAGGACGUCCGGGCCGGUGACCGUGCCCCCGACGCGCCUGUGAGCGUCGGUGGGACCGACACGCGGCUGUUCGAUAUCUUUAGCCCCGCUCACCACACUGUGCUGCUCUUCGGUGUCAGCGAGAAGGAGGCGGAGAUGCUCGGUGUCGCCCGCACUUUGCCUUCUGACCUCGUCAAGAUCUUGCUCGUUUCUUCCCCUGGGGAAGUGCAUGUCGCGGCCAAUGACGUGUCCAGCAUUGUUGUUGAGGACAAGGAUGGCCAUGGGAGGAGAGGAUAUGGCCUGGAGGGGCAGGCAGAUUCUGUUGCUGUUGUGGUUCGCCCGGACGGCAUGAUUGGUGCCUUCGCGACCUCGGCAAAGGGCUUGGAGAGAUAUUUCUCU